CUGCCUGUCGCGCGGCGUCGACCCCUCUAAACUGAAAGCCCAUCCGCUGUGGUUUAACGGGCCGUCCUGGCUAGCAUCGAAUGCUUCACAGUGGCCUUCCUUUGAUGAAGUUAACGAUUCCACUUUAGACGUCGUUCCCGAGCAAAGGAACCUAGUUCACGCUGUUUUGACACCUGCUGACGAGUGUAGUAUUUACCCCGCUGCUUCUCGUUCCUCGUCAUGGACCAAACUCCUGCGAAUAAUCGUUUAUAUAUGUAGGGUUUUAAAACUAUUACCACGCCGCGAACCUACGUGUAUUACCGCUACUGACUUGGAGUACGCAGAAACAAAAUUGCUGCAAAUACUCCAAAACAAACAUUUUAAAGAUGAGUUAUUAAAUAUUAAAAAUGACUUGCCUGUUUCCCCGGUGCUUAAUAAAUUAAGACCGUUUUUACACAACGACCUAAUCCGAGUUGGCGGCCGACUCUCCAAUUCCGAUUUAGAUUUCGAUAAUCAACACCCGAUACUUCUGCCUCGUGAUGAUCACGCGGUUAACCUGAUAAUACAAUAUUAUCACAAAAAAUAUUUGCACGCAGGGCCAGAGUUGCUCCUGUCAUUACUUCGCCAGAAGUACUGGAUUCUAUCUGCUCGGCGCGUAGUGCGGAGGAUAGUGCACCAAUGCAAUGUUUGCUUUCGCGCGCGCCCGCGUCCGACUUAUCCGCUGAUGGCUGACUUGCCCGACUGUCGCACGAAGCAAGUUACGAAGCCAUUCACCCACACAGGUUGUGACUACGCAGGGCCUAUCGCUUACACUCCUGUUCGUCGCCGUGGAGCUAAGACUAUGAAGGCCUAUAUUUGCGUCUUCACAUGUCUUACCACUCGCGCACUACAUAUUGAGGUAGCGACUGACCUGAGCACCGCCAGUUUUUUGGCCGCUUUAAAGCGUUUCUUGUCCCGCCGAGGCCCGGUAAAGGUCAUGCAUUCUGAUAGGGGAACUAAUUUUGUCGGCGCUAAUUCUUACUUACGCGACCUUUACAAAUUUCUAAACAGCGACGAAUUCAGUUGCAGUCUCAAGCAGGAGCUCACAGAAAACCGAAUUGAAUGGAAAUUUAACUGCCCAGCCAGUCCACAUUUCGGGGGGUGCUGGGAGAGCAUGGUGAAGGUGGUAAAGAAUCACCUAUUUAAAGUGAUUGGUCAACAGCUGCUUUCAUAUGAAGAACUGGUUACUGUACUCGCUCAAAUCGAGAGUGUACUCAAUUCGCGGCCUCUUACUGUGCUCAGUGCGGACCCCGCUGAACCCGCCGCGCUGACGCCCAGCCAUUUUCUUCACACCGCGCCUUUACUUUCGUUGCCCGCGGCUGAAGUGCAUGACGACAACCUUAGCCUACUUCAUAGGCACUCGUUGCUCGAUAAACUCGUACAAUCCUUUUGGAGGAGAUGGAGAGUGGAAUACUUACAUGGCUUGCAGACUCGACAGAAAUGGAAUGUUCCAUCCUCUGCUAUUAUACCUGGAACAGUUGUAGUUAUCAUAGAUGAUAACGCGCCUCCGCUUUCGUGGCCAUUGGCGAUUGUCGACAAAGUUCAUCCUUCAAGGGAUGGAGUAACGCGGGUAGUUACUGUAAGGACUGCUAGGGGCACAUACGCUCGCCCGGUUGUACGUUUAUGUCCGCUCCCGUCACAAUAAACAAUACAUUAGUAUCUACCGCUGUAGUUUAUAAUUAGUUUUAGUUACCGCAUUAGCUAGGCUAUAAUUUUGUCUCGUUUCACUUAUGAAUGUUUUUAAAGGUGACCCUUUAAGGGGGGAGGAAAUGGUGCCACCUAUCUUUUAAUAUAUUUACUUUCAUAAUUUUCGCAAGGUUUCGAUCCUAAAAUCCUUUUCCCUAUUUCCGCUUAUGUCGUGCACCGCAACGCUACGUGUGGCAACACUGUCUGCGCCACCCACAGACAAUCAGUUCCGAAAACGAAUUCAUGGCCGCCGUCGCGCUAAGUUAUUCGCGAUUGAACUUAUUUUCAAAUAGACGAUUGGCUAGUUGCUAAAGUCUUCCGCUUCUUCUUUAUUCGUGGUGAACCGCUAACCGAAGAAUAUCAGUGUGUGUGUUGAGUGCUGCAGUGCUUUGGAUUGCUCUGAUCUCUGAUCGAUCGAGCACGUGGCGCCAGGCGAGGGUCUGGAAGCCGGCCGCCUUUUCCUGGUCUCCUGAACUGCCUCCAGCGUCCAGGUAGGUGCACGACACUUCAUCAACCCUUUCCCUCGGUGAGACACCUUGCUGUAGUUUCUUUUAUUUUUUUUCUAUCGAAGGGACUCCGGCUUAGCGGCGUUAC